AUGUCUCAAGAAAAGACAGGGCUGCAGCGACCGGUCCUGGCACAACUCUCCCCUAUUGCAAUUCGUGGGCAUUCCGACGAAGGUGUCAAAAAAUUGCGUAGGAGAAACGACGAUGGGUGCUUUGGGGAGGCCCUCUUCAAAGGUAAUGCUCCUGCACGCAGUCUUCUUUUUGGCGAUGAUGCAUGUCAUCGGAGGGUGGAAAAUCUUUAUCUGCUGGACAAUAAUCCAACCAACUGGUCCGGCAUUAAAACGAACCUGAAGCGUGAAAUACCACUUCUGCAAGACCCUACAGAAACAUUUGCAAGAAUGAACAAAGUUAUGCAUCAGACGCUUAAAUAUGUAAAGGAGGUGGAGAGCAUCAAUUUUAGUAGUCGUGGUGUGAUUGAUUUUAACGGGGAGGUGAUGGAGGACCAUCAGAGAAUUUUUCUUUCAGUAUGUACUAGUGUGUUUGCGAACUUUUCCUUCAGUUGCCAAAUGGAUGUGGAGAAACUCCUAAGCUUUCUCAUGGCUUUGUUUGAGAAUUAUUCCAAAGAAAAUGCCUAUCAUAAUGCCCUUCAUGCAGCCGAUUCUGUGCAAAUGCUUUUUCUUAUUCUAAGAGAAAAGCCAGCGACAUUGAUAUUCACGGAAAACGAAGUAAUUUUGGCUUUUCUGGCCACGCUUUCUUUGGGAUUUGUUCACCCAGGUGUGUCAAAUGCCUUUUUGGCCCGUAUUGAUCACCCCCUUGUUCUGGUGUAUGGGGACAUGACCACACAACAGUCAGCCGGACUUACAGCGCUUCUUUACCUUUUAAAUAGGGAAGAAAAUCGUUUUAUUGACCUUUUUGCCAACAGCGGCACCCAACCCUUUUCUCAGUUUUUAAGAGAGAUUUUGGUUGAGACCGUAUUGGGUACCGCACCGCGUUUACGUAGCUCUCUACUUCGAGACCUUGAAAAGGUGGCGGUGGCGGAUGCGGUGGAACUAAACGAUAUACCAAUUCUAUUGGCAGCCGUGGUUAUCCUGGCAGAUAAUGCUUUGGCUUUGCGUCCACAUGCACAGUUUGUCAACUUGGCAGGUCUCAUGGUUACCGAGUGGCUACGCGAAGCAUAUGAAGAAGAACAACGAGGGAUGGACCCUCUUGUCCCCAAUCUUCGUAAGCAAAUUUACGAAAAUGGAUUGGGAAUGGCGGUGGACUACUGUAAAGUUUGGUUGAGACCCCUGAUCACCAACAUUCGGGCUUUGGUGCCCCAAGACCUGUAUGAUAACAUGGAAGGAAACACGGAGGCACCGUCUAUGAGUGAAAUUCAAGAUUUUUUGGUUCAUUUGGAUUCAUCAAACGAACGUUGGAAUGACGGCAGUGUACCGGUCAUUGAUAUUAUUCGCAGGAUAACGAUGCAUGCUACCAGCUUGGAUCGCAAGGCUUCAAAGCGAGCUAUCCUUAACGCGGCGUCCAAUCGAGCAGUAUCAGGUUUUCUAUCAAGGUCCUCAUCCAUGUGCCUCUCUCCAAAUGGGGCUAGGAUGUCUGCUGAGGUCUCUGAAAAGAAAAUAAAUCAGCAACCAAGUCGAUGUGAACACUAUUUUUCCUUUCUUCGGCUUUAUGAUACCUACGAAAAAGAGGGUCGUCCUGCAGCAGAGUUUGCGGCACAAUUGGUCUUUCUUGCAUUGCAGUUAAAUCCUGAAUACAUUGGUCGUUACACACAUAAAGGUAUUGAUGUGUGUUCUAAGGAGGAGUGUGAAGAAAUUGCGGAACUCAUUAUGAAAAAAGAGGAGGCACCAACAACCGCGGAGGUGAUAGCUUCUCCUCUGCGAGACGGAGAACAGACAGAUGGUUUUAUCUUGCGUUUGAUGGAAAUGUAUGCUGAGCGGGACAGAGAAAGGGAAAGAAAUGAUACUCUUAACAGUGCCACCAAUCCCACAUCAAACUUGAGGCGUACCUUGAAAUGCUACAACCCUGUUUAUGGUGGAAUGUAUUCUGGGAAAAAGUCGUGA